AUCAAAUUAUAACACUAAUAUAAACCAGAUUAUAGAAAAUGGGUGUUGCAGGAAGAGGUACCAAGCGUUCUGGUUUGCCAUCAAAAGCUGCCAUUAAAAAAAGCAAAAUUUCAAACACCAAGGCUGCUAAAGUUCAAAGUGAAAGUGAAUCAGAAGAUGAAGUUAGCGAAAGUGAAGAUGAAUUAGACGUUUCAAGUGAAGACGAAUUAGAUAAAGAUGAAUCAGAAGAUGAAUUAGACCAAGAUGAAAUCAAAUUAGGAUCAGCAAGUGAAGAUGAAGGCGAUGAAGGUGAAGAAGAAGCAGAUGGUGACUCUCCAAAAGAUGGAUCUAAACAAACUUCCAAAGAACAACAUGCAGAACAACGUAAAGUUUUACAAGAGAGAAAACUACAGAGAAAGUCAGGUGUUCAAGUUCAACAUAUCAAGUCCCUAUGGGAACGUUUAAGAGUCAAGAAUCCACCUGUUCCUAAACAAGUUCGUGAAAAAUUAUGUGAUGAAAUCUGGAAGUUAUCAAAAGAUGUGAUUAGAGAUCUUGUUUUGAAACAUGAUGCCUCAAGAGUUGUUCAAACACUUGUGAAAUAUUCAUCAAAAGAAAGAAGAGAAGCUGUUACAACUGCUUUGAAGUCUCAUUUUUACGAAUUAGCCACCAGUUCUUAUGGUAAAUAUUUGCUAGUUAAAUUGUUACACUACGGAACUAAAGAUUCAAGAGGUUUAAUAUUAGAUGAAUUGCAUGGGAAGUUAAGAAAAUUGAUGAGACAUAGAGAAGGUGCUUAUGUGGUUGAAGAUUUAUACACAUUAUACUCAAGUGCUGAACAAAAGAAGCAAAUGAUCAGAGAAUUUUGGGGUGCUGAGUAUGCCGUUUUCAAAGAAAGUGGUAAAGGUAAAACUAUCCAAGAAAUCACAUCAGAAAGUGUUGAAAAGAGAACUCUUAUUGCAAAGAACUUGAUAGGUACCAUCACAGCCUCUGUUGAGAAAGGUUCAACUGGGUUCCAAAUUCUUCAUGCUGCUAUGAAAGAUUAUAUCCAAAUUAUUAACGAUGAAGAGACCCGUGAAUUAAUUGAGCUUUUACAUGAACAAUUCGCUGAAUUGAUCCAUACCCCAGAAGGUGCUGAUGUUGCAUGCUUUUUACUCGCUAGAGCUACUGCUAAAGAAAGAAAACAAAUUAUCAAAUCAUUGAAAGAACAUGCCAUGAGUUUGAUCAAGAAUGAAUAUGGUAACUUGGUUGUUAUCACUCUAUUCUUAACUGUUGAUGAUACAGUGUUAGUCUCAAAAGCCUUGUUUGGUGAAUAUGCUGAGCAUCUUCAUGAGCUAGUCGUUGACAAAUACUCCAGAAGACCUUUCCUUUACUUGUUGAAUGGUUUAGACGGUAGAUUUUUUUCACCAUCAGUUCAAAAAGAAUUGAAACAUUACGUUGAAUUAUCCCAAGAAACUUCUAAAAAACCAAAUGAUCAAAAAAAGAAAGAAUUGUUAGACAAAAUAUCACCAGCAUUUUACAAAAGUAUAACUGAUCACACUACAGAAAUUUUGAGUGAAAACAUAGGGUCUCAAUUCAUCGGUGAAGUUUUUUUGAAUAAUGCACCAAUUUCAGAUGAUAAAAGAGAAGAAGCUAUUUCAGCUUUAAUUGAAACCUUUAAAGGUGAUUUCGAAGAAGAAGAACAUCCAAUCAACAAAGCUUUCUCAGUCAGAUUAUUGAAGUCUUUGACUCAAGGUGGUAAAUGGGAUGCUAAAACCAAAACCCUAAUCAAACUUGAUGUUCCAGGUAUAGGAUCAGAUUUUGCUACAAGGUUCUAUGAAGAAGUUAUUGGUGAUAGUUUAGAAAAAUGGAUCGAAAACAAAGAUACUUCAUUUAUUGUUGUUUCAAUCUUUGAAUCAAUUGAUGAUAAGAACGCUCAAUUCUUCAAAGACUUGAAAAAAAUCAAGAAAGAUGUCAAAAAGGCUAGUCAAGAAGAUAACAAAGGUGCUCAACUUUUGGUCAAACUUGCUGGUUUUUAGAUUCCAAGUCAAUUCACAUGUACCAUAUAGAUUUUAAUCACGAAAUAAAAUUGUAUAAUAGAAAAAACCUGGCACUGGAAACAGUUGAAAAUUGUAAGUUUAAUCGCUGGUUAUAUGUAG